AUGUAUGAGUAUCAUGAGACUCAUGGGCACAGAACUGAAGACUGUCAACAGUUAAAGGAAGAAGUGGCUCGUUUAUUGAAGAAUGACCAGCUUCGAGAAUUUCUGAGUGAACGAGCCAAAAACCACUACAAAGAAAGGAAGAAUCAAAAGCGUGCUGAGCUGGUGGAGCCUCAACAUUCGAUUAGAACUAUCAAAUUGACUAACAAUGAAGUUGAGUAUGAGGCUAUGAUUGCAAGUUCGGAGUUAGCUCGGAGUCUGGGGGACGAAAUAAUCAAAGCAAAAUGCGAAUCUCUCUUGGUCGUUAACCAAGUGAAUGGCGUCUUUGAGGUUAAGGAUGAACGAAUGCAAGGAUAUUUGGAGAAGACUCAGGUGAUACUGCACCGGUUUAAAGAGUGGACCAUGCAGCAUGUACCCAGGGAGCAGAAUAACGAAGCCGAUGCACUGGCCAAUUUGGGCUCUUCAAUCGAAGGGGAGGAAAUCAACCCCGGUGCCAUAGUGCAGUUGAUGAAUUCGGCGGUUGAAAACGGGCAUGCUGAGAUAAACACGAUGGGUCUAACUUAG